AUCGAUAAAAUGUAAAGCUGUUUAUGUAAACAAAACGAUUCUAAAACCAAAUGUCCACGGAUUUUCCCACGAGAUGUCCGCCCGAAUGAUCCAACGCACUCUACACACGGCUCGCUCCUGUCUUCUGGCCAGAGUUCCACGCCGCGCUAAUCCCGGCCUGGGUUACCAACUGCAGCAGCUGCAGGAGCACCCGGCAAAACCGAGCGAAGCCAGUGAGGAUUACGCCGAUCUGGAGUCGGAUUUCAUGGGCGUGCAGAAGACCCAUCGGCAGUACGAAAAGGAGCAACAGCAGCAGCGCGAUCGCAUCCGUCAGUUUAUGAUCAAACACAAGUAUUUCCGGGACGCAAAGUUACCCAAUCUGUUGCUCCAUGCGGAAAAAGAGCAGAUGCGCCUGCUCCAUGAACGGGAUCCCGAAGAGUGGAGUGUGGAACGUCUGGCGGAGAGUUUUCCCGCCACUCCUGAAAUUGUGCAGAAAAUUCUGCGGGCCAAGUGGCGACCGAGAAGUGUGCAAAGGAUACGCUCCCAUGACGAAACAGUCAUCCAAAAUUGGAAGCUCCUAAGGACGGGAAAAGGGGACUUUGAUAUACCACCCACUUUGCUCCAGCAUCUGCAGAAAUUCGCCGAGCGAAGGCGGCAGGAUCUGCGGGAAUUAAGGACCCAGGACUGGCCCACAACACCACAACUUCCCACUCCUCAACGAAACGAAUUUCGGAAGCUGCUGGGAAGUAGUAACUCAAAUCAGGAGGAGGUGCCUCCACCACAACUGUCCUCUGGCUUUGAAGCUCCUCCUUCAGCCGCCGAAGAUGAAACCUAUCUACUAGAUAAAAUCCGCAACAAGAAAAAGAUGCGACUCCAGGAGCUCAAGGAAUCACAGCUUGUAAAAUCCACACCAAAAGUUCCGGAGGAACUGCAGCGCCCUCUUGAGAAUCCCAGUGGCACUGGAUUCCUGCCCAGCUUCGUGCCCAAAUUCGCCAGCAGCGAGAUUGUGAUCAGUGCAGCGGAUCAGCGAAAGUACGAGAUAACCCAGGUGAAAACCCGAAUUGUUAUUCCCCGGAAACUGCAUCGCGAGGGAGCCACUUACCGUGUGGAGGAUGCCUACUACGAUGAUGAUGGGGAGCUGCUUUACCGCGUGCCUGGAAUGACCGGUGCUGGAGGUCAAUAAUAAAAGAUGGCUUUUGUUUUACAAAUAAAAAAGGUUGAAUAUGA